AUGGCAGAAUCAGAAGUUGUAGACUUGGAUCUCACAAUCGAUGACUUAGUACCAAAAAGCCCAGAAAAAUUGGCUGAAGAAAAAAAGGAAAACGGAAACCAUUUAUAUAAAUUUAAAAAUUAUAAAGGAGCUUUGGCUAUGUAUGAAGAGGCUAUCAAACUUUGCCCAGACAAUGCUGCAUACUAUGGCAACAGAUCUGCCUGCUACAUGAUGCUGGGAAUGUAUAAAAAAGCUUUGGAAGAUGCUCAAAAGGCUGUUGCACUUGAUCCAACAUUUACCAAAGGCUACAUCAGGAUGGCUAAAUGUUGCAUUGCUCUAGGUGAUUUAUCUGGUGGAGAACAAGCAGUAAAUUGUGCAACCGAACUUGGGGGUGCAGAUUGUGCUUCAAAUGAAAAACUGGCUCUUGAUUCUUUGAGGCGAUUACAUGAAGAUGCUCAACGUGCUUUAGAAGCUGGUGACUUCCGACGUGUUGUCUUUUGUAUGGAUCGCUGUCUUGAAUACAGUCCAUCAAGUUCGAGGGCAAAAAUAAUAAAAGCAGAAUGUCUAGCAAUGCUAGGACGAUGUCAGGAAGCUCAAGAGAUUGCCAAUGACUCCUUAAGAUUUGAUAGCCUUGAUACAGAAGCAAUAUAUGUAAGAGGACUGUGCCUUUAUUUUGAGGAUAAAGAUGAACAAGCCUUCAAACAUUUUCAACAAGUACUAAGACUGGCACCAGAUCACAAGAAAGCCAUGGAAAUUUACAAGAAAGCUAAACUACUAAAGCAGAAAAAGGAGGAAGGCAAUGAAGCAUUCAAGAUGGGACGAUGGCAACAAGCUUUAACUCUUUACAACGAAGCACUUACAAUUGACAAAAAUAACAGAAAAGUGAAUGCCAAACUAUAUUUUAAUAAGGCAACAGUAUGUGCCAAACUUAACCAAAUCAAGGAUGCUGCAGACGCUUGUACUGCAGCUCUUGAUCUGGACUCAAACUACAUUAAAGCGCUUUUACGUCGUGCCAAGUGUUACACAGAGCUUGGUGAAUAUGAAGAAGCUGUAAAAGACUAUGAAAAGUUAUACAAAAUCGAUAAAAGCAAGGAAAAUAAACAACUGUUACAUGAAGCAAAAAUCGCACUUAAAAAGUCAAAACGCAAGGAUUAUUACAAGAUUCUUGGUGUUGAAAAAACAGCAUCUGAGGAUGACAUUAAAAAAGCAUAUAGGAAGCGAGCUCUUGUCCAUCACCCAGACAGACACGCGGGUGCUACAGAUACGGAACGUCGUGAACAAGAGAAACGUUUUAAGGAAGUUGGUGAAGCUUAUGGAGUCCUCAGUGACCCUAAAAAACGAGCCCGCUAUGACCAUGGACAAGACUUUGAUGACGAUGGCUCUGGUGUUGGUGAUAUUGAUCCAAAUGUCGUAUUCCAAACUUUCUUCCGCGGCGGCCAACCUUUUGAUUUCCAUAGUGGCAGCGGAUUCACCGGUUCUGGCUUCAGUUUUCAAUUUGGCUAAUUCGUAUCAUCAGUUAAAUAUCUAUGCUGAAAACAUUCAUAACCCAACUAUACAUAGAAACUAUCAAAAUUUUGUCAUUCCAUUUUAAUUAUUAUUGUCUAAUGGGCUAAUAAACACAAUACGACGUUGUUUUCAUUUUCACGUCGUGUGUAAUUAAGACCAAAACAACAUAGUCACUAUAGUUGCCUUAGAAAACGCUUAAUAAUAACAGUGUUCCACUCCAGUGUUAAUGUAGACAAAAUAUAUAGUACCUAAAGGACUUGUAAAAACAAUGCCUUAUUAAAAAAAAAAACAAAUGCGAGUAAUAGGUGCUCUGCUAUAACGUAUGUAUGCAACAAUUAUGUAUAUGUGUACCACCAAAUAUAACAAUCUAAUUUUAAAAUAUUUUGUAAUAGGCAUGGACUGAUUAUGUGAUAUUAAUUUUUGCCGUAAAUUUAAUUGAAAUAAAAUUAUAAAACAUAACUAAUUAGAAAACGGAUUGUUCAUUUCUUAUAACUGUUGAUAAAGGAUAAAUUAUAUAGAAAGUAUCCCUGUUAUAUAAUUAAUUUAUGAAAAAAUAAAAUUUGAGGCUACAUUAUACAUAACAUUCUUGAUCAAAUACACCUACUUAAUUAUCACAGUGCACAGCGUUUUCGAAACAUUUCUUAUUAUAAUUUAUACUAAUAGAAUAUUUCGGAAUAUCAUUGCACACAUUUAUUUAAACUCCCUGUACUAUCCAAUUUUAAAGUGUAAAUAAAAAACGACACACAGUUUUGUAGUGGUGUAUUACUCAAUCUUGGGUGUUUAAAUCCACAAAUUUUAUAAAAAAAAAAUUUUGAACAGGCAGAGAUUCACGAGCCACCACCGAUUUCAGGAUACUGUAAUAACGGCUCAACUAUGAACAAACCUAUAAUUUGUUGGGAUACUAAAGUAGAUAUUUAAAAAUAAUCUAGGAUUUUAGUAGUUGUUUUCCGUAGUAUCUGAGUGAUCAUGUAAUAAAUGAUGAAUAACAU